ACUGCUAAACGUCACAUAAGUCAUGUCAAAUACUGACAAUCGUUUUGUUAUUCUGCCGAUCGCACCGCAAAUAUUUCAUGUUUUUUUUCAAUUUAUUAGCUGUUUUUCUACAUUUAGUUUAUGAGGUUGUAUACACAAGAUGACAACAUACUCCAUAAGCCUAGAUGACGUGGAUCUCGCGCUGUUGCCUCUGCGCACCCACAAAUACAAUGACUUCUUGAAGAAGGAACACUUCCAGUUCCAAGUGAUGAGGACUCAAGAAAUAGAAGAACCAGAGCCCACAAUUUACUACAAAUGCCACAUAUGCGCCCUCGAUGUGCCCGCAGCGUUCGCCCGCGAGCACACCACGAGCGUCAAGCACCGCGCGAACGCGCGUAUCGCUCGCGUGGCAACCCAGCGCACGCGCAAGCUGAUCUCCGCGCUCCCCCCACCCCUUGUCCCCCAAACGGCGCGCUUUUGCGCGAACUGCUCAACCAUAGUACAGAGAAACCAUGAAAAAACAAAAGAGCAUCGAGUCGCUGUGAUGCACGAUAAGUUACUGUGGGAACUGAUGACUGCAUAUGUUGGUGAUGAUUGUGAUGAUGAUGAUUCCGACUUGAGUGAUACUGAUGAGUCAGAAAAAGAAGCAGAGACGUAUCAUGGUUUUGCAGCGUGGAAUGAAGUCAAUAAUAAUAAGGAAGAGAAACAAAAUAAAUAUGUAGCCAAAGGUUUGACGAGUAUUGAGACAAAUAAAAAAGAAAUAGAUAAAAAGGAAGACAAUGAAAUGGAAAGGCAAAAUGAGGAGAAUAAACCCUUAGAUAAUAAGAAGAAAAAUAUAGAAGUUACAAAUACUGGAAAGCCUGAAUGUAGCAAAAACACUGAUAACACAUAUACUGAAACUGAGACAAAUAAACCUACUGAUACAGAUAUAGAGGCAACCCAAAUAACCACAAAAAAUGAAGAAAUUGCUACUAGUUCACCUAAAGCUCAAGAUAAAAUAGAAUAUGUUGAAUUUGUCAGUAAAAACAAUAAAAUAGUAAAGGUUUUCAGUGACUAUUACCAUAGCUUUACUAGAAGAGGAGAAACUAUAAAUUGUAAAGUAUGCAGUAGUGUAUUUAAUAGCGAAGAAAUAGAUUCACACAUGUUCUCGUUGACGCAUUUGAACAAAAUGCCGAGUAAUUUGAUUGACGAACACUGCGUGAGAAAGAUUGACGAGGUCUUCAGCCACUGCAUCUUAUGUAAUACGAUCAUCAAACACACAAAUUUAGCGAAGCAUUAUCUGACUCUUAAUCACAGCCAAAGAGAAAAUCAACAUAUCACCGAUAACCCAAACUUUCAAGCAAAAAUUUCCAAUUUAGAUAAAGCUGACAAAGUAAAUGCCCCGAAAACUCACAAACUUAAUUUAGAUGUUAAAAUUAAAACUGCAGACACAGUGACCGCUUCGAAAAGUCCAGAAGUAAAAGAAAAGGAAGUAAAGCCAAUAGAUUGGCCGGUAAUAUAUCCAUAUGAGAUGACAAAGCAAGGCGUCCGUUGUGUCAUUUGUGACUGUUUAGUGCCAAACAAUCCGGAGAACAGGAAGGGGCACCUCCUUGGGUUGAAUCAUGUUAAAAAUGUGAAGAAUAAGAGAGUAUUUAAGCUGGAAUACCCAUUCGAAGCUACUACGGAUGCGAAAAUGGCCCAUUGUGAUAUCUGUGACAUCAAAGUAUCAAUCUCACAAGCCAAAGAGCAUCUAGAUGGACUGGAUCAUGCGACGAAUAAAAUGAAUAAGAAUGUUAUUAAGCUGGAAUUUCCAUACAAAGCUACUCAAGAUGCGAAUUUCGCCCGUUGUGUUUUGUGUGACGUCAAAUUGACUAUCUCAGAAGUAACUCUCAAAGAGCAUCUACAGGGACAGAAUCAUGUGAAGAAUGAAAUUAAUAAGAAAAAUCGCGCCGCGAAUGCGUUUAAGGCCACGGAGCAAGCGAGUGUCGCCCGCUGCAUCGUUUGUGACAUCAAUGUACCAAAUACCUUGAGAAAUCGACUGGAUCAUCUCUUUGGAUCCAACCAUGUCAAGAAGGAGCAAACUAUUCAAGAAACCCAGCAAAGAGCGGCGUCUCAAACGGUACCCCAGCCUGCAAAAGCGGCCCAACCGUCAACGUCGCGAGACAAAAGUUUUGAGUCAACAUCCGAUACUAUUGGACUUAGACAGCAGAACUUGUACUUUUCUUGGAUAUAAAAUAUUUUAAGAAACCCAGUAAAAAGCGGCGUCUCAAACGGUACUCCGGCCUGCAAAAGCGGCCCAACCGUGACGUCCACGUCGGGAGGCAAAACGUUCGAAUCAACUUGCGAUACCAUUGGAGUUAGACCGCAAAACAUGUACUUUACUUUUCCUGGAUAUAAGUAAGGUACUGUCAAAGAGUUUUAUUUCUUUACCAUUUUUUUUUCUUUUUUUUUUAAUACUACAUCGGUGGCAAACAAGCAUACGGCCAUUCGUACCGUGUUACCAAGGAUGUCACGAAUGUCGCAUUCUUCACAUUCGCGAACGCAAAUCCGAAUGUCCAGGAUGCGAAUGUCCGAAUGCGAAUGUCAGGGAAUAUGUAGUUGUUAUUAUCAUCUCUAAUUAGAAAAAAAACUGUUAGUAUACAUGUAUGUAACCUGUAUAACCUUAGAACGGGAUGUUAUAAAGGGUUAAGAAAUGCUAUCUACUGGUCAAAAUGCAUAAUGCAUUACUUGAAAACAGUUUGCGCGCACUGCCCAUACGCGAAUUGAUGAGACAGGACACAACCUGCGCACAUUCGCAUUCGCAAAACAUUCGCUUCAUUUGAUGAUUUCCAUUCAUUGUUUACCGUUUUCCCGUACAAACGCGAAAUUUCUGAAGAUUAGCAGGUACACUAGUUUUCUUUUCUGUGACUAAUAUGUCAAAAAUAUGCAGACAAAAAAUCGCCUGCUUUAACGCCGAAUAAAAGGCACAACACAGGAAAUAAAAUGCGUCCGUACGGGACAGCCCGUGGAAUGCUCCUUAAAAUGAUGCGAAUAUUAUAUAAGAAUGCGAAUGCGAAUAUUUGUGACAUCCCUAAUUGAAAUCAUAUUCUUAAAUUAAAAUUGGUUGACUUUAAUUUUUACAUUUCGGAAAUUUUGGCUGUGCAUAUGAAAGUAUUGAAUCAAAUAAUUUGUAAUAUUGUUGGACAAGUAAAUAAUGUUUUUAGUUUUACUUAUAUUAUGAAAAUUAUGAUAUUUGACAAUUUAAGUAUAUUGCCUAUUAUGUUUGCUUAUUUGUUAUUUUGUUUAUUAAGUAUUGUGUGAUUAUUUUCGUUCUUUAUUGAAUUAAUACCUAAAUGAUUAGCCGUAACUA